GGUACUUGUCCUACAAAUUUCUCAAGUUCAUUGUAAUUCAGAGCAGAAAAACCUGAAGAACUUGUAAAAUUUCGUGUCCUAAAAAUUUGAACUUUCCAAAGAUUUUAGAUGAAUUCUUUUCGCAACCUAAUCAGAUUGGCUUUACUCUCUCAUUCUAAUUCUAUUAGAACUCUAACUUCAGCUGAAAAGAUUCCAUUGCGAGUUUAAAUUGAAAAGUUUUUGCGUCAUCAGAAGUCUCAGUCAGAAUUGCUUUUUCAAAAUGAAGGAUACCGAAUUAAUUCUCCUCAGCAAAUGCCCUUGCUUUUAAUCCAUUACUUAGCGUCAAAAUCAGGGCGGGUCGUGAUUUCUUAAUUCAAUGCAAGCUUUGUACUUACUUUAAGCUCCGAAUCAUACAAAACAAUUGUGGCGCUUGCGGAUCUUGCUCAACUAAUAUUUUUUUUCUGAUACAAAAGAUUUCACAUUCAGUCUUACGUUGAGCUGAAAAACUGCCAGAGGCUUAAAAAAUACCUUCAGAUUUCAGAUAUAGGAGGAUAACGUAUUAUCAAUUAUCGCGGUUCUAUUGAAUACUAGAACCCGCACUUUAUAAAUCUCUUCGCCUAUUUUCCCUAAAGAUCAGUUUGGUAUAAACCCAACUUAAUGAGCUCACUUUUUACCACCUCUGAAUGGCGCCAAACAAUCGUCUCCAGGGGAAAGUACGCGGCAUUUGUUCAACUUUAGAAAUUGAAAUUCAUUAUUUCAAAGUUUAGUUUGCAGUUCCUAGCAAUAAAGCAAAUUUCUCCUUCAAAUUUUACCCCGACUAGCCAACUGCAGCUCGUUUAAUUCCCAAACGCUUCCUGUUAACAAUUCAAAAUCCAACAACUUUGACUUAAAUUUAAUAUAUGCACGUUCAGAUACCAAGAGACCUAUAAUGCAAUUGAGCAAAGCACUUUAGUCAAUUCAAGGAAACUACUAACUUGUGCUGUUAAAAGAAAAACGAGAUAUAACGUUACUCCUAGCCGGCAAACAACCAGGCAUUCCAUAUUAAUAAUUCAAACUUGCAACUGGAAUAUUCGCCACAAAACACUCACUAAAUCUAGAUCUUGCAAACCAUAAUCAACUACUAAAAUGGCCAAACCUGAAGCAAACGACAGCCCUACUUCACCAAACCCACCGGGAACUAGAGAACAGGAAGAGGAGCUGCGAGAUGUGUUCACAGUGUUUGACAAAGACGGCGACGACCGCAUCACGACACUCGAGAUCAAGCAAGUUCUGUCUGCUCUAGGACGAAAAGUGAGUGAGCAGCAAAUCAUGGAAAUGAUCUCGUCUGUUGACCUGGACAGUAAUGGGUCAAUCGAUUUCGAGGAGUUCCGCGAAAUGAUGUCUCAAAGGCGUUCUGCCACCGACUUCGAAACUAAGCUUCAAAAUGCAUUCAGACUGUUCGAUCAAAAUUCAGACGGAGUGAUUGAUGAAGACGAGUUGAAAUGUGUACUGGACAAACUUGGAAUAGAAGCGAAUGACGAAGAAAUCCACGAGAUGAUUGUAGUGGCUGACCUCAACAAGGACGGAAAAGUGGAUUUCAGUGAAUUCAAAGCAAUUCUAUCGACAAAGUGAAGAAUUACAAAGUGCUUCCUGACAAACUAUUGCCAACUUUUUAUUAAAUAUAAUAUACCGCUUCUUGUAUGAAAUAAUUGAAUAACCAACUUUUGUAGCAGCUCACUCGUUU